UGCAAUGCAAAAUACAGGAAAAAUUGUGUCCCCUCUAUCGAAACUCGAAAGGCUUCCUCUGCCCGGUUCUUCUGAUUCGCCGCCUCCACAUCCAAACUCCAUCUCCCGUUGCUUUUUAUGGUGUCCGAAAUGAGAAUUUUCGAAGCUGCUCUCCGGUUUUGAGGAAAAGAGUGUGGAGGAUUUAGGGCUUGCUGCAGCAUCUGGAAUUCAAGAAAUCGAGCGCUCGGAAGAAGACCAGGUUUCAAAUUAAGGUCUGUAUCUGUUUAUCAAGCCCUAGUCUAUUUAUUUGAAAUAUCCAGAGAAAUACCAUUUCGUUGUAGAAAUUCGGCAAUUUCAAAAGCGGUCUUUUCUGGCAAUUUCCUCUUCCUGCUAUUACUGUUUCUGGAGAUUUGUAUAUGAAAUAAAAACGCUGUCGCCUCUCGCUCCCCGCGUUCUUCAAUUCCGUCGUGAACUCGUUCUUCUGACUCUCUUCUCGCCAACUCUCUCUCAGCCUCAGCCCUUCCUUCCGAAAAAGUUAAAUUGAGCUCUCAUUCCUCCUUCUCACUCUCUCGUUCUCCAGGUUUGUAAACUCUGCAUCUUUUACAAUAUGCAGCUGACCCUUGAAUUCGGUGGAGGAUUAGAGCUUCUAUGCAACUCUGUAAAGAUUCAUAAUGUCAAUGUCGAAUUGCAAAACGGAGCAGAAAAGCUAACCAUGAAGGAUUUGCUCUCUUGGAUCCGUACUAAUUUGAUCAAGGAGAGGCCUGAAAUGUUUAUGAAAGGGGAUACUGUGAGACCCGGUGUUCUAGCCCUUGUGAACGAUUGUGACUGGGAGCUGAGUGGGCAACUUGAUACGACGCUAGAGGAGAAGGAUGUCGUUGUCUUCAUUUCAACCUUGCACGGUGGAUAGUAUGUGGAUCGUUGUAUUGACUUUAGAUUCUCACUAAAGCCUAUAUAUGGCAUGUGAUUGUUAUUUCGAUAUAGGAUAAUGGCAAAUGGUUUCGGAGUCUCACCAAAACAUCAUACUCUGUGAGCUUUUCUGUUGAUGUCUGGACAGAAACGGUGUGAUGCCGGUUGUGAUGGGGCUUAUUCGAUUACUAUUUCGUUUUUAGUUUUUGUCCUCUUUUGUGACAGGGAUACAGUGAAAGUACAUGGGAAAAUUGGAGAAUGGAGAAGAAUGAAGAGGGGUGGUAGGAGGAAGGAGGGAGAAAGGAAAUAUGUGAAAACGAAAACUUGAAAGUGAGGUAACUUCAAAUUGUUAUUGAUC